AUGUCGACUGACGCAUCUACAUCUGCCUACCGGAUUCAACAUCUCCUCGGCGAGGAAAACUACCAGACCUGGGCCGUCAAGAUCACGGACAUCUUGACCGACCUCCAGCUUGACGACUACCCGAAAGGCCGGCUCCUGAAGCCCGGCAGUCGCGUCCCUCCACCCAUCACCAUCACCAACCCCGACGGCACCACGACCACCAUCACAUCCUCCAUCACUGUCUCCACCGCAACCGCCAGCGAAUGGGAGCGCAAGGACCGCCAGGCCCUCUCUGCAAUCCGUCUCCGUGUAACCGAUGGUCCGCUAGUUUACAUCACCAACGCAAGCUCGGCAAAAGAGGCAUGGGACGUACUUGAAAAAAUGUACCGCCCACGGGGUGCCUAUGCAAUUGUCCUCCUCCGUCGGAAACUCCUCCAUCUCGUGUGCGCCGAAGGGGGAGACAUCGAGGAACACAUUCGGAAGCUUACCUCGUUACGUACUCAGCUCAUGACGCUUGGGUCGCGCUUCGACGAGGAUGAGUUCUGCACGACUCUCCUCACCUCACUCCCUGACUCCUGGGACACUUUCAUCCAAAGUGUCGACACCAGCUCCUUCACCGACUCCGCCCCACUCAUUGCGCGGAUCCUCGAACGGGACCGCCAGCGCAAAGCCAAGCCGACUUCCGAUGAUGUCGCCCUACCAGCUCGAUCCGCCAAGACUGGCAAGUUCUCAACGAACCUGUCAUGCUACGGUUGUGGUCGCCGGGGGCACGUUAUUGCUGACUGUCGGGACACGAAGGCGGGAAAGACGUUUACGGAGGAGCAGAAACGCCGAAAUGGACAAGGAGGGGGAGGAGGAAGAGGAUGGAAUUCGGGCCGGGCACACGUGACUGAAGAAGCGCAAUUUGAUGCGCCCGCUUUCGCUUUUGCCGCUGCGUCGUUACCGCCCGCAACGGGCUUGGACGUUUGGUUAGCUGAUAGCGCAGCUACACGACACAUAGUAAUCAAUAAAACGCUUUUUUCCUCGUACCUCGAGACGCCUGGCACCAACGUUACCGGAUUUGGACAAUCUUCGAGCCCCGGCAGUGGCACCGUAGAAAUCUCUUCUCAUGUCGGCACCAAAGCCUACGACAUCUCACUUCGGGACUCUAUGCACGUUCCAAAUGCUCCUUACAACCUCAUCUCUCUUGGCCGACUCACUUCCGCGGGCUGCUCAGUCCAAAUGAAGGGUGACACAAUGAAAAUCCAUUCUCCUGGACCCAAAUCGUACGAAAUCAUGCGUGGUACCUUGAUUGGCGGACUCUACAAGGUCCGCAUCACUCGCUCUGCUCGUUCUCCGCCCAGCCGACCCACUCCCACUGUUGCCCUACCAUCGAAACCUUCGUCGGCACCCACUCACACUUGGGACAAGUGGCAUCGGAUCCUCGGGCACAUUCAGCAUGCAUCUACCAGCCGUAAUAUCAUUUUUGAUCCAUCGACAAAACCCGAGUCUUCAGCCAUCCCUGAGGCUCCGGCGUCGUCGCUCGAGGGGGAGAAAGAAAAAGAGGUCGAUCGAGCACCGCCUUCUGCUGUCAAUCAGCCUACACCGCCAAAAGCUGCCAAUCACGCACCUCCGGACCGUUCUCCGUCUCCACCUCCAUCGCCGCUAACUACGCCGCCUUCCUCGCCGCCGUCUACACCACCUGCACCUCGUGUUGCUCCACGCAACAUCACCAGUGCUGUUGAUGAGUCGAACAUCAUCGACGCUCCGCGUACUCGCCGCACUGUGUACAGUGACAACUACCGCCUUCUCAACAACCCAGACUCUCGAUCUCCGAAGAAGCCCGAUGCUUGGAAGCAUCGCGUUGCCAACGAAGACUUCGCCUUAGCGGCAACUUCGACUUUUGAUAUCCCCGCGGACGAUCCGACGAACCUGGAGGAGGCAAUGGCGAGGCCAGACUGGCCAAUGUGGAAGAAAGCCAUGGAGGAGGAAAUGGAGCAGCUACGCACACUUGGAACAUUCUCGCUACAAACCCUACCAACUAAUCGCUCCCCUAUUGCAUGUAAAUGGGUAUUCCGAAUCAAACGCACCUCAGUUACCACCGCCAUCACCCGGUUGCACCCCCGCGGGGGUCCUCCUGGGUACCCUCAGACGUAG